UGCUCAUUGUUUCUUUUUCCUUUCAUUAAAAAAUAAUUUCUUUUUCCGUGGUGGGAGAGAGACACGAGAGACGGAAAGCUCUACUGCAAGGAUUCUCGAGUUGUGCUAAAGGAUUUUUUUUUUUUUUUCCUCCUUCUUCGCCUUUACAAGCGCCUGCGAUUGACACCACUAGAGACAGGCUGGUUACGGAGCAAACUGCUUCAUCCGGACUGGACCGGGCUGCUGGGAGGAACCAGGCAGGCAAGAACUGGGGACGCUGUCUGGGGGUUUCUCAACGGAUCUCGGCCCCCAUCUGUUUUUUUCUUCCCCCUCCCCUCUUUUCUUUUGGUUCUUUUGUUUUGCUUUGCUUUGGUUUUUGGUUGUUUUACAUUCCUUACGUUGUUGGGACUAGUGAGUGGUGGAGUCUCCGAAGCUCCAGCCGUCCUCGCAGACAGUGGAUUAAGAGAAAGAAGCUCGCCUGGGGCAUCGCACACCCUGUUAUUCAGUUUCCUGCCUCGGAGAUAAAGAUCCCAGCUACAUGGGCAAACGCCUGGAUCAGCCACAAAUGUACCCCCAGUACACGUACUACUGUCCUCAGUACCUCCAAACCAAGCAGUCCUAUGCACCAGCCCCCCACCCCAUGGCUCCUCCCAGCCCCAGCACAAACAGCAGCAGCAACAGCAGUGGGGAACAGUUGAGUAAAACGAACCUGUACAUCCGAGGCCUUCCACCAGGCACCACGGACCAGGACCUCAUCAAGCUGUGUCAACCGUAUGGGAAAAUUGUAUCCACAAAGGCAAUUCUUGACAAGAAUACGAAUCAAUGCAAAGGUUAUGGUUUUGUAGAUUUUGAUAGUCCUGCAGCCGCACAGAAAGCAGUAGCAUCCUUGAAGGCAAAUGGCGUGCAAGCACAGAUGGCCAAGCAACAAGAGCAAGACCCUACAAACCUGUACAUCUCAAACCUUCCCAUCUCCAUGGAUGAGCAGGAGCUGGAGAACCUGCUGAAGCCCUUUGGACACGUGAUAUCCACCAGAAUCCUGAGAGAUGCUAACGGAGUCAGCAGGGGCGUUGGCUUUGCCAGAAUGGAGUCUACUGAAAAGUGUGAAGUGGUAAUUCAACAUUUUAAUGGAAAAUAUUUGAAAACACCACCAGGCAUCCCAGCCCCCAGUGAGCCUUUACUGUGCAAAUUUGCUGAUGGGGGACAAAAGAAGAGACAGAAUCAGAGCAAGUACACCCAGAAUGGGAGGCCAUGGCCCAGAGAAGGAGAGGCUGGCAUGGCUUUGACCUAUGACCCCACAGCUGCCAUACAGAAUGGAUUUUAUUCUUCACCGUACAGUCUCGCAACCAACCGCAUGAUCCCACAGACAUCUAUCACGCCGUUCAUUGCCGCCUCCCCUGUCUCCACAUACCAGGGUGCUGUGAUCACACCCACCAUGGACCACCCCAUGUCAAUGCAGCCGACUAACAUCGUGGGGCCCCUGACACAGCAGAUGAACCAUCUUUCCCUGGGAACAGCAGGAACGAUUCAAUCCCAAGACAGAAUUAUGGUACUUCACCAGCUGUUGUGUCAGUAUAUGACUGCUGCUCCUAUGCAAGGGACCUACAUUCCCCAGUACACGCCUGUGCCUCCGACAGCUGUUUCUAUUGAAGGUGUUGUCGCUGAUACCUCUCCCCAGACGGUGGCCCCCUCACCCCAGGACAGCAGUGGUCAGCAGCAACAGUUAGCAGUGGACACAGCCAGCGAACAUGCCCCCGCGUACUCCUUCCAGCAGUCCAAACCAUAGACAGAAAUGAGGAUGUCCACCUGAACCUUUUCCUUCAAUGAAGAAACUUCACUAAGCAAGAAGUUAGUUGGCCUCCAGCUUGCACAGGCACCAAGGGAAAGCUUUCUUCUUCUUUUAUUUUAUUAUUUUUAAUUUUAUACUCUACUCAAAGAAAACAACAUUUUUAUGUGCUGUGCGAAUUUUUCCUUCGUGUGGUCUCACAGUUAUUUUGUCAUUUCUUUUUUUAAUUAAAGGAGAAAAAAAAUCCCAGAAAGGGGGUAGGGUGAUAAACAUCAAAAGUUGGUGUUUUCUGUGGAAGAACAUUUUAAUUCAGAAUUUACCUGAACGUGUGAGUAGAUUUUUUUUUUUUUUGGUAGAAAACCCAAUGUCAAGAAGU